AUGGAAGACUCCCAGGAUUUAAAUGAGCAAUCCGUAAAGAAAACGUGCACAGAAUCAGAUGUUCCCGAACCCCAGAAUUCCAGGUCUAUGGAAAUGCAGGACCUAGCAAGUCCUCAUCCACUUGUUGGAGGUGGUGAUACUCCUGGAAGCUCUAAAUUGGAGAAAGCGAAUCUCAGCAGCACUUCAGUCACCACAAAUGGGACAGGAGGGGACAACAUGACUGUUUUAAACACUGCAGACUGGUUGCUGGGUUGCAACACCCCCUCCUCCGCAACAAUGUCUCUCCUUGCAGUCAAAACAGAACCUUUGAACAGCAGUGACGCCACAGCCACGACUGGAGACGGAGCGCUUGACACUUUUACUGGGUCAGUAAUAACAAGUAGUGGCUACAGCCCUAGAUCUGCACAUCAAUAUUCCCCACAGCUGUAUCCUUCCAAGCCCUAUCCACACAUUCUUUCUACACCAGCAGCUCAAACAAUGUCCGCCUAUGCAGGCCAGACUCAGUAUUCGGGGAUGCAGCAGCCAGCCGUCUACACUGCCUACUCUCAGACAGGACAGCCCUACAGCCUGCCCACUUACGAUCUGGGCGUGAUGUUACCAGGCAUCAAGACAGAGAGUGGACUCUCGCAAACUCAGUCCCCGUUACAGAGUGGGUGCCUCAGUUACAGCCCAGGCUUCUCUACCCCACAGCCAGGCCAGACCCCUUAUUCUUAUCAGAUGCCAGGUUCUAGUUUUGCUCCAUCUUCUACUAUUUAUGCAAAUAAUUCAGUUUCAAAUUCAACGAAUUUCAGUGGUUCACAACAGGAUUAUCCAUCCUACACAGCCUUUGGCCAAAACCAGUAUGCACAGUAUUACUCUGCAUCAACGUAUGGAGCAUACAUGACAUCAAAUAACACAGCUGAUGGCUCAGCCUCCACGACUUCAACCUACCAGUUGCAGGAAUCUCUCCCAGGACUGACUAGCCAACCAGGUACAGAUCUUCAUCCAGGAGAGUUUGAUACUGUGCAAAGCCCCUCCACACCCAUCAAAGACCUUGAUGAAAGAACUUGCAGGAGUUCUGGGUCAAAGUCCCGAGGAAGAGGCCGGAAAAAUAAUCCCUCCCCACCUCCUGACAGUGACCUGGAGCGUGUGUUUGUCUGGGACUUGGAUGAAACCAUCAUUGUUUUCCACUCGCUGCUUACAGGAUCUUAUGCCCAGAAGUAUGGCAAGGAUCCCCCCAUGGCUGUAACCCUUGGACUUCGAAUGGAGGAAAUGAUUUUUAAUCUUGCUGAUACACACUUAUUUUUUAAUGAUUUAGAGGAGUGUGAUCAAGUUCACAUAGAUGAUGUUUCCUCCGAUGACAAUGGGCAGGACUUGAGUACCUACAGUUUUGCAACUGAUGGCUUCCAUGCAGCUGCAAGUAGUGCAAACCUUUGUUUGCCAACAGGUGUAAGAGGAGGGGUUGACUGGAUGAGGAAGUUGGCUUUUCGUUACAGAAGAGUAAAAGAAUUAUACAACACCUACAAGAACAACGUGGGAGGACUUCUUGGCCCCGCCAAGAGAGAUGCAUGGCUGCAACUGAGGGCUGAGAUCGAAGGUCUGACAGACUCCUGGCUAACAAAUGCACUUAAAUCUCUAUCAAUUAUUAGUACGAGGAGUAACUGCGUAAAUGUCUUGGUAACAACAACCCAGCUGAUCCCAGCGCUGGCGAAGGUUCUGCUCUAUAGUUUAGGAAGUGCUUUUCCCAUUGAGAAUAUUUACAGUGCAACUAAAAUAGGAAAAGAAAGUUGCUUUGAACGAAUAAUGCAAAGGUUUGGCAGAAAAGUAGUAUAUGUUGUAAUUGGGGAUGGUGUAGAAGAAGAACAGGCAGCAAAAAAGCACAAUAUGCCCUUUUGGAGGAUAUCAAGUCACUCAGACCUCUUGGCUCUACAUCAAGCACUGGAAUUAGAGUAUUUGUAA